GUAGAUGGCAAACAACAACACAAACAACCUCGCCCUGCGUUCCAUUCUGGAUAAAGAUAAAUUGAACGGAACAAACUUUGUUGACUGGCAACGCAAUCUCUCCAUUGUUCUCCGCAUGGAUGAGAAAGAGUAUGUGCUCGAAAAGCCCAUUCCUCCUGCCCCUCCCGCUAACGCCCUGAAAGCGGUCAAAGAUGCCUACGAGAAACACGUUAAGGAUGACAACCAGGUUAGCUGUGUCAUGCUGGCUACCAUGAUAACCGAGCUGCAAAAACAACAUGAGGACAUGAAGGCCCACGAGAUGAUCGUGGCCUUGCGGCAGCUAUACCAGGGGCAAUCCAGGCAUGAACGUUUUCUCGGAGUGAAGCAGAGUAGACGGUUAGCUCGAGGCGAGAUUGAACUCCGAGUCGGCAAUGGUGCACCUGUUGCAGCUUUGGCAAUCGGAACUUAUAGUUUAGUCUUGCCUAGUGGUCUAAUGUUGGAAUUAAACGAUUGCUUAAAGAAUGUUUUCUAUGCUAAUGCCAACAUGACCAAUGGGUUAUAUGUCCUUGACUUGGACAUGCCUGUCUAUAACAUAUCAGCCAAUAGGAACAAACCCAACGGUUUGAACCAAACAUACCUAUGGCAUUGUAGGACUAAGGAUGCCUUCCUGGUAUAUGGCGGAAAAGAAGAGCUCAGUAUUGUUGGAUAUACUGAUGCCAGCUUCCAAACUGAUAGAGAUGACUUCAAGUCGCAGGCAGG